GAGUUAUCGGCAAAAUCUUUCUUGUGCUUUUAUUGUUAGAUACGAGAAAACGUAAAUAUAGGCUCUAAAUAUAGUUCUAUUAAAUUGAUUUAUUCUAUUUUGGUUUGCGUAUUUUAAUUAUCGGGAGCGUUGGCAUUUUGCUUGUUGUCAGUUGUGUCUUUGCUGAAUGUUGUCAAAUGUGAGUUGACGUCGAGAUCCCACCCAAAGCAAGCAGUAGGUAAACACAAUAAUUAUGGCGAACGUUCUGCAAGAAUUGUUAAAUGUUUGCCGAUUUUGUUUGUGCGAGAACAAACUGGAUCUGAAGCCUAUCAUGGAACGGUUGGAUUCUACACUCACGAUCAAUGAGGUAGAACGAUACACAGGUAUUCAGGUAAAUACUGACGAAGACUGCUUGCUAUAUGCGAUGUGUAUGGAAUGUACAACCAAAUUGAAGAAGUCAAUUGAGUUUCGACAAAUCUGCCUUAACAACCAAACACACUUCGAAGAGCUGCUUAUGAUGUUGGUUGCCAGUGCUGACACCACGCAUCAUGAAGCUGUUGAUAGUGAAAAAUGUACGGAUAGUACGGAAGACACCAUGAGCCAUACAGUAUUUAUGGACCAAUUGGAGGAGGAAGAUAAUGGUAGUGAGCUAAUCCAUAGCCCAUGCAAUAGCCCUCAGCCUUCUGAUGUGCAUAAUGAGGACGAUGAAAUGUAUUGUGCAAACUAUAUCGAACCUGGCACAUCGUAUCAUUCAGAUAGCGACGAGCUGGCAAACCCAACGAUUGAGACGAAAAAGCCGAGAAAAAAGUACACGUUGAAGAAGUAUCAGUGUUCUGUACCGGUACCCGUCGUUAAGGAACGCAAAGGGCGUAGAAAAACGUAUGAAUAUUCUAAACUUUCCCAAAGCCAAUUAUAUUACAUAAAGAAGGAUAAAGAUGUGAAUCGAAUGUAUAUGAAGUUGCUGUGUGACGUGUGCGGCAAACUAGUGAAAGCCUUUACCACCCACAUGGAUACCCAUUCAGAUGUGCCGAAGUAUAGUUGUCCGCAUUGUCCAGCGAAGAUGAAAACGAAAAACAAUUUAGCAGAGCACAUAAAAACCGUACACCAAAAAAUCGUUGGCAAAACGUGCAACAUAUGUGGUAAGGGCUUCAUACACCAUAAAACGUAUCGGUAUCAUAUGCUUGCCCAUCAAUCCGAAGGAGAGGCAUUUGAAUGCAUUCCAUGCGCAAAAAAAUUUGACAAACCGUUUGGUCUACGAGAUCAUAACAAUAGAGUUCACAACAUUGCCAGAAAUUUGAAAAUGUAGCUUAUCCAGAGAAUGGUAAUAAAUUGAUCUCUCUACUUA